AUGCUAAGCGACUAUCUGGACGGCCAUUGUGUCCUCCAAAACCAGAGAGCGGCGGGAAAUAUUGAAGCCGGGGCUGAUGUGCGUUCGUGUUAUGAUUUCCUCUACCUCCCAUUUGAUUUUAGGACAAAGGCAAACAAGGGUUACGCGUUCGUCAACUUCACCACCCCAGCGGCGGCAUGGAAUUUCUGCCUCGCCGCCGGCAACAGGCCGUGGGCCCACUGCCGAUCCCGGAAGCUCGCGGUGGUCGUCAGAGCCAAGCUGCAGGGCCUCCGCCAGCUGCUGGAUCGUUUCGAGCCCACCGUCUUCCCCUGUGAUUCCGGCGACUUCCUGCCGAUCCGGUUCGAUCCGCCGCGGGACGGCUCCGGCAGAGACGACGUGGCGGCGGGACAGUGCUACUGGACGGUCGGGAGGUGCCGCCGCCGCUUCUGA